AUGCCGAGAUCUAAACGCUCAAAGCUCGUUACACUUGCGCAAACCGACAAGAAAGGUAGAGAAAACAAAGAAAGAAUCUUCGAUGAAGUCAGAGAGUCACUGGACACUUACAGAUUCGUAUGGGCAUUGAAACUGGAUGACGUGCGCACACCGGUUUUACAAGAAAUAAGAACAGCAUGGACAGGCUCGAAGCUUAUUUUGGGUAAGCGGAAAGUGCUUGAGAAGGCUCUAGGGGAGAAAAGAGAGAACGAAUAUAAAGAGAAUUUGGCCGGAUUGACUAAAGUGUGCACCGGUGUUACCGGAUUACUGUUCACGAAUGAAGACGAAGAAACCGUCAAGGGUUAUUUUCUGUCGUAUGCACGGUCGGACUACUGCAGGCCCAAAUCGAAGGCACCAUUGACAUUUGAGUUACCAGCGGGUAUCGUUUACUCGCGUGGUGGCCAGAUCUCCGAAAGUGAUGAUGUUCCUAUGGUUCACUCGCUGGAUCCAACUAUGCGUAACAAAUUCAAAAUUCCAACGAAGAUAAAAAGCGGUAAGAUCACGAUAGAGAAUCCGUUCCGGGUAUGCACUGAGGGCGAUGUUUUGGAUGUGCGUCAAGCUUUGAUUUUGAAACAAUUCGGCGUAGCCGCGGCCCAGUUCAAAGUUGGUAUCAUUGCUUUCUACGACAACGAAUCUUCUAAAGUCGAGAUUUUGAACAUAAACACCGAGAUUGCAUGA